GGUGAUUUUGACAUGACGCCGUGUCGAAAUUAACGUGGCAGAAGGGGAAAUAUUUUGUAUUUUUUCUCUUUUUCACCGAAAAUAUGAAAUAUUAGUGAUAAAAAUGGAUUUUUUAGAAUAUGUAAAGUUUUGUGCAUUUGUAGGCUCAGCCCUAUCCGUAGGAUUUCUUAUGGGACUUUUCAUCUUCCUGAAGUACAUGACCACCCCAUAUCCACGGAUUAUCCGUCACAAAGAAGAAAAUUACUUUACGGAUCCAGUGACGCAGACCCGGCAGGAGUUUCCAUCAAUUGAGAAAGAGCCUGCACUUGAUUUAAGUGUCGUUGUACCGGCUUACAAUGAAGAAGAUCGCCUGGGGAAGAUGCUGGACGAAUGCUUGGAGUAUCUCAACAAGCGUCGUAUGACCCGCCCGUUUCUCUCUUUUGAGGUUAUCAUCGUCAGCGACGGAAGUACAGACAGAACCGUCGAGGUGGCCAAUAAGUAUUCCCGGGCCAAUGGAUGCGACCAUGUGAGAGUUCUGCCUCUGGUCAGGAAUCGAGGCAAGGGAGGAGCUGUGAGACUCGGUGUCCAAUCCUGCCGUGGUCAGUACAUUCUCUUCGUAGACGCCGAUGGAGCCACUCAUUUCCCGGAUUAUGAGAAACUCGAAUCCAGCAUAAAGACCAUUAUCUCAGACCCAAAGGAUAAAGCUGUGGUCAUUGGAUCUCGUGCCCAUCUCGAACAGGAGUCAAUUGCUCAACGCAGUGCUUUCCGGACCUUCCUCAUGUACGGUUUCCACACUCUCGUGUGGUUCUUUGGUGUCCGGGGAAUAAAAGAUACCCAGUGCGGAUUCAAGCUCUUCACCCGCACCGCCGCUUCAGUCCUCUUCCAGCUGAUGCAUGUGGAGAGAUGGGCUUUCGACGUGGAGCUUCUCUUCCUGGCACAGGCUCUGGGCAUGAAAAUCGAUGAAGUUGCUGUAAACUGGACAGAGAUUGAAGGCUCCAAAGUCACUCCAAUAUUCUCUUGGCUGCAAAUGGCAAAGGAUCUCUUCCUCAUCUGGUUCCGCUAUGCCACAAACAUCUGGAAGAUCUCACCACCACCAAAACAUCAUUCCGAAUAGUAACAUUGAGCUUUUGCAAAUUUUCUAAUAAAAUCUCCGAAGAUCUAGUAAAUUUAUGCAAAAA